AAAAAUGGUGAGGAUCUCUCUUCUUGUUUGGCCUUGCUUCGCGAAAAGCAUAUUUUUAAGUUACAAGAAGACUGUGUCUUUUUGGGGUAUAUUCCAAGGCUUGAUUCUCUGUACCAUAAACUGAAGAAAUCUGCAACCACAAUAAUCUAAUAAAUACUCAAAGAUAUACUUCCUCUUUUUCAUUCUACGCUUCUGUUCGGGAUUGAUUUUUCUUCUCUUCUCAGAUUAUCAUAUUUCGCGAUGAUAUAGUUUUUUGCUAAAACGAGUCACAGAUUUGGCACGGAGUUUCUCUGGUAUAUUUUUGUGAGGUGUGACGAUGUCUUUGAAUGUGGAUGCCAAAGGUGGUUUAUUUUGACAAUAACAGAUUAGAUGAUGAUGGGUGCCUAGCAUUUAAGGUUGAUAUAUAAUUAGAUGUCUUAGCAAUAGGAUAUAUUUUCAAGGGCCAGAGCUUAUUUAUGAAUUUUACUGAGCUCGGAAAACUUCUGACCUCGUUUUGAAGGAUCUGGCUCUUGACAUUGUCUGUGAAGGUUAAUUUAAGUAAAGUUAUUAGUGAAGAGGUUGGAAAAAUCUAAGAGGAACUUCUUAAACUAGAGUAACUAUGGAUGGUUUGACUUCGAGCCAAAAACAAACCUUGCACACGCCAGCACGUAGAGUAUCUUCUGGAGGGUCACAUAAGGAUCUAUGGUUUGUUACAAGACAAGGAUCCUUGGCUGAAGUAGAUUCUGCUUUGGCACUAUUGAAGAAGAAUGGUGGAAAUGUUGAUUCAAGGAAUAUGUCUGGCCUUACCCCACUUCAUAUUGCGACUUGGAGAAACCACAUUCCCAUCUUGAAGAGGCUACUUGCAGCUGGUGCUGAUCCUGAUGCCAGGGAUGGAGAGUCUGGAUGGAGUAGUCUACACAGAGCUCUUCACUUUGGCCAUCUCGCUGUGGCGAGUAUUCUUCUCCAAUCUGGUGCUUCUCUUACACUGGAGGACUCUAAAAAUCGAACACCUCUUGAUCUCCUAUCUGGACCUGUCUCGCAGGUAGUUGGGAGUGAGCAUAAUUCAGUUUCCAUGGAGGUCUUCAGUUGGGGAAGUGGUACAAACUAUCAACUUGGAACUGGAAAUGCUCACAUACAGAAGCUGCCAUGCAAAGUCGAUGCACUUCAAGGAUCAUACAUUAAGAUGGUUUCUGCUGCGAAGUUUCAUAGUGUUGCAAUUGGUGCUCGUGGAGAAGUGUACACUUGGGGAUUUGGAAGAGGGGGUCGUCUUGGACACCCAGACUUUGAUAUACACAGUGGUCAAGCUGCUAUAAUUACCCCUCGGCAGGUCACUUGCGGUUUAGGAUCACGCCGAGUUACUGCAAUUGCAGCUGCUAAACAUCACACUGUCGCUGCAACAGAGGGUGGAGAAGUUUUCACUUGGGGUUCCAAUAGAGAGGGUCAGCUUGGUUAUACUUCUGUGGAUAGCCAACCCACACCACGUCGCGUGAGUGCCCUUAGGGCGAAAAUAGUUUCUGUGGCAGCAGCCAACAAACACACUGCUGUGGUUUCUGACUGCGGAGAGGUUUUCACAUGGGGUUGCAACAAGGAGGGUCAGCUUGGGUAUGGUACCUCCAACUCAGCUUCUAAUUAUACUCCAAGGUUAGUGGAGUACUUGAAGGGAAAAGUUUUCGUUGGAGUUGCGGCUGCAAAGUAUCACACAAUUGUAUUAGGAGCAGAUGGAGAGGUAUUUACUUGGGGUCACCGGCUUGUAACACCAAGACGGGUGGUAAUUGCAAGAUAUAUUAAAAAGAGUGGUGCUGCACAACUGAAGUUCCACCGCGUGGAACGACUUCAUGUGGUUGCAGUAGUUGCUGGGAUGGUACAUAGCAUGGCUCUCACAGAUGAUGGUGCAUUAUUUUAUUGGAUGUCAUCUGAUCCUGAUCUUAGAUGUCGACAGUUAUAUUCUAUGUGCGCUAAGAAUAUGGUGAGCAUUUCAGCGGGGAAGUACUGGACUGCUGCAGUUACAACGACAGGCGAUAUUUAUAUGUGGGAUGGGAAGAAAAGUAAGACCGAGCCUCCUAUUGCUACCCGACUACAGGGAAUGAAGCGUGCUACCUCAGUUUCAGUUGGUGAAACGCAUCUGUUGAUAGUUUCUGCUCUUUACCAUCCCAUUUACGAUCCUAAAUCAGGGGAGAAUCCUCCGAAUCUUAAGUCAAAGAAUGCCGAAGAGUCUGAAGAGUUUGACGAAGAUAGCAUAUUUAACUGUAUGGAAACUGAUAAAGUUGAUAUUAUUUCCCAAUAUGAUGAUUCAUGUAGCAAGGUGGUUCCAAGUUUGAAAAGCCUAUGCGAAAAAGUAGCAGCUGAAGCCCUGGUAGAACCAAAAAAUUCAGUACAGCUACUUGAAAUUGCAGAUUCUCUUGAAGCUGAAGAUCUGAAGAAGCAUUGUGAGGAUAUGGUUAUUCGCAACCUGGACUACAUAUUUACUGUUUCAGCUCAGUCUAUUGCAAGUGCUUCACCUGAUAUUCUAGCUAAUCUAGAAAAAUCACUGGAUCUGAAGUCUUCUGAACCAUGGAGUUACCGUAGGCUCCCAACUCCUACAGCAACAUUCCCAGCCAUUAUUAAUAGUGAAGAAGAGGAUAGCGAUAGUGAAUAUCUAAGGGUCCGUGACAGUCAAACAAAAUCCAUCUUAAGGAUCUGUGGAGACAAGAAAGUGGAAUGUUUUCUACAACCCAGUGAUGCUGCUGAUCAAGCAAUUGCCAAACAAGUUAGAGCUUUGCGGAAGAAGUUGCAGCAGAUUGACAUGCUUGAAGCUAAACAGUCUAAUGGUCAUCAGCUCGAUGAUCAGCAAAUUGCAAAGAUUCAAGCUAGAUUUGCUCUUGAGAGCUCACUUACAGAGCUCGGCGUUCCUGUUGAGACAGAUAGAAAAUCUCCUCCCCCGGUCGGUGAUGGGAAAGGUACUAAGAAAAUGGAGACAUCUAAAAAGCUGCGGAAAAAGAGCAAACAAAAGGCAAUACAGUUGGAAGUUGCCUCCUCUGUCAAGUAUGAAGAUGCUGUAAAAGAAGAACCAAGUCCAGUAAAGGGGUUUUUGGAGAUUGAUACCACACAAGUCUCUGGUCAAAAGGUGGGGCGCGAGAUGUUUGAAGAAACUGCCAGCCACCAGGUUUUGGAAGAAUCAUCAUUCUGUAGUCCAAAGAAAUGCAUACCGAAUACCCAGAAGAAGACAUUAACAUCAGCUGGGUCAAAGAAAAAGAAGAAAGGUGGUCUGUCCAUGUUCUUAAGUGGUGCCCUUGAUGAUGCACCAAGAGAUGUUGCUCCGCCGCCACCACCCAAAAGUGAAGGCCCAGCAUGGGGUGGAGCUAAGAUACCUUCAGGAUCAGCCUCUCUUCGUGAUAUUCAGUCCGAGCAGAGCAAGAAAUUAGAGGCUCAGCGAAGUAGGAAGUUGAUGGAUCAGUCAGUGGACCAUGCUGAGGGAAAGAGUAGCGGGUCGAUACGGUUGGGUUCAUUUUUGCCUGUAUGGGGAGUAUCCAGCCCAAUUGCCAUGGCGUCAUCCCGAGCAUCUGCAGUUUCUGAAGGAGAGAAGGGUACCCCUCCUUGGACUGCUGCGGGGGUUUCCCAGUCUUCUCCUGUUUCUUCUCGUCCAUCUCUGCGGGACAUUCAGAUGCAGCAGGAGAAGCGCCAUCAGCAGAAUCUUUCUCAAAGCCCUAAGACGAGCACAACUGGAUUCACAAUUGCGCCUACCCAGGGUUCACCAUCUGAUUCAAGUGGCGGAAUGAACCGCUGGUUCAAACCAGAAAUUAACUCCACUUCAUCAAUUCGUUCAAUUCAGAUAGAAGAAAAAGCAAUUAAGGACCUCAAACGUUUCUACAGCAGUGUUAAGAUAAAAAGCCAGAACCAAGUCGUUUAAUCUCAAUGCCACCAACUCUGGGGAAAGAGCAGGAAAUUCUGGUAUUGGUUUCUUCUUUACGUCACUUAAAUCUUCUUAGGAAUGUAAAUUUGACUGUACAGAUGACUUCACUGUACAUCUAGCCAAGAAUAUUGUAGGUUAGUACAUUAGUUCUUACUGUUUUUCCUUUUCAAUAAAGCUUUUGUUGUUCAAAAGGAGAAAUAAGAAUGUAGGCCUUUCAUUUAUUUGUUGAUCAAAAGAAAAGAAAAAGAUAGUAAUAAAAGCAACAAAAGUUGGGUCGAUUU